UAUGAGCUUAUCACCAUCAACCACUUGAUAACGCGAAUAUGAAGACAAAGCAUAUCGGGGAAAUAAGUUUGCUACAUUCUUAUUCUCUAAUAAAUAAUAGAGAUACGCUCUCGAAAUAGGAACGAUGGCAAACGAGAUAUCAGCGAGUAUUCUGACACUAAACUGUUGGAGUAUACCAUAUGUUUCAAAGAAUAGAGCCACACGUAUAUCCGCUAUCGCGGAUAAGUGUGCGAGUAGAGAAUACGAUAUAAUUUGUUUGCAGGAGAUUUGGUCUAUUGAUGAUUUUAAAUUGAUAAAGGCAAAAGUACAAGAAGUUCUUCCUUACUCACAUUACUUUCAUAGUGGUGUUGUCGGAUCAGGAAUAUGUAUCUUAUCACGGUAUCCUAUUUACGAUGUUAUGUUCCACAAAUGGCCCUUAAAUGGUUAUGUGCACAAGAUACAUCAUGGGGAUUGGUUCGGCGGUAAAGGUGUUGGGCUAUGUAAAAUUAAGAUUCUCAAUAUGAAUAUUAAUGUUUACACUGCACAUUUACAUGCUGAAUAUAACCGAGAGAAUGAUGAAUACAUGGCUCACAGAGUGCUGCAGGCAUUUGAUACUGCGCAAUUUGUAAGAAUGACCAGUGGUGACGCGGAUGCUGUGAUAUUAGCUGGUGAUCUCAAUACUGAACCGCAAGACUUAGCGUAUAGGAUUAUGUGUGGUGUUAGCGGUUUAAUGGAUGCGUGUCCGAGCAGUGCGAGUCAUUUAGGGACCAACGAAUGUGCCAAUAACAGUUACACAUGCUCAAAACUUGCUCGAACGAGACCAGAUGGAAAGCGUAUAGAUCAUAUUUUAUACUUGGGUUCGAAAACCGUUAAGGUUGAAAUUACAAAUUUUCAACAUCCUUUGCCAAAUCGCGUGCCGUACAAAAAUUUUAGUUAUUCAGAUCAUGAAGCUGUUAUGGCUACACUUAAAUUCAUCAACGGUGAACAUGGCAAAAAUAAUUUAGAUGUAACAGAUUCCUUAAAAGAAGCAAUUGAAAUUUGCGAAACCGCAUUGAAAAGUGUACAACGCCAACGUUUCUGGUAUCUAUUAUCAGGUUUUAUACUAAUAAUUCCAUUAAUUUGGUCUCUUGGGCUAAACUAUAUGGACAGAUCUAUAGGUAUCGACAUUGGUUUGAAUAUACUACGUAUAUUUUUGACUGCAAUAUUAUGUUAUGCUCUCUUUAUGAGUUCAAUAUGGAAUAAUGUAGAGAAAAAUGCUUUAAGAGCAGGAUGUUUAGCUAUAGAGAUUUACAUAAAACAAUCGAGUGAUCUACAUUGAAACGUUGAACAUCAAAUCUAUAUAAUACUAGAUAUUUUUAAAAGGAUUUAUAAUACAUAAAGCAAAAUUAAAAAUUGUGCUCAAAUAAAAAAAAUUAGACUAAUUUAAAAAAGUUUUUACAUAUUCUAUCUUUAACAUAUAGUGUUUUAGAAGAUAUAUAUUUAUAACUUAAAAAAAAUGAUAUUUAUUUUAAGUUUGCAUUUGUAUCCUUUAGUGUGAUACGAUUUUGUUAAAUGAAUAAAACUUAGAUUUACAAUAGAUUGACUUGAACAUUAAAAACGAGACAUGAAUACUAAGAAAUUAUAAAAGUACAUCGCCGAUAACUAUCUCUUUUAAGUUAUUUUUUAUUGACGGAUAAUACUGUAACUGUAGUUUAGACAUGUAUCUAGAAAUAAUAGGCAUUUAUGCAGCAGUAUUACUGAUCUAUGAGUAUUACUAAUAUGACCAAUCAUAUGAACUAUGCAUAUCACGUGGCAAUCGAUGACAUUGUAAUAAUAUAUAUCUAUUGACAUUCAUGCGUAUAUGCUUCCAUUAUAAGAUCAAAACUGAAAUUUUUUAAUUUUUUUAAUUCUUUCAGUUUUUGAAUCCAGCAUAUCUUUUAUAUACUAUCGCAUUUUGUUGUAUGUAAAUCGUGCUUUGCUUUUCUAGUACAGAUAUAAAAAAAAUAACACCAAAGAUAAGCAUUUACUCUGUAUGUACAUAAGUUUGUGAAAAAUUUUCUGUACCUAAUAUUCAAUACAUUGCAUUAUAUUUCAUUAUAUUAUAAUACAAUAUAAACGAAUGGUUAUUGCCUUUAAAAUCUCCUACAA